AUGAGCUGCGUGCCGUUCGUGUAUGAGAACGGCGGGUCAGACCCCCUCAAGUCCGUGGGCGAGUCGAUGGUCCGGUUGAUUCUAGCUACACUCGACACGUCCAUCGUCCCGUCGCCUCUGAAUGUGAUGCAGUCGGCGUUGAACCUGCUCGCGGGGAUGGGGUCGGUAUUUCCAUAUGCGAUCCAAGUCGAGAUCCCGUCACUGGGGCACUUGUAUGCGAAUUUGCAAGAUUUUUGUUUGCAUUUGAGUCCGUCUGUCCAGUGUCAACUGUACACGGCGCUGGCCCACAACGUACUCAGCACUGGUUUGAGUGUGGCUUCGUUUUCGUCGCUCGUGACGCCCGUGCUCACGUCCGUGGUGGAGUCGGUGGUUACGAUGCAGCAGAACGCGCAGCGGGUGCUCGAGCCGGCGCUGUUGGCUCAGCUCAUGCGGGACAUCUCUAUCUGCCGAGCUCUGGCGCGGGUGGUGCUGACCAAACCCAAGCAGGUCAAAUUGAGCUUUUACUCGCAAAUGCAUGGCGUGCUGCCGUACACUCUGGACGCCGUCCGUGUCUACAUGAACGUGCUUCCCCAGUGUCCGCCGAGCCAGCUCUCUUCGGCCGUGGGUGCCAUCCACGACCUCAUUGGGUUCUACUCGGACUUGUUUCGCUCGAUCCGAAAGGAACUACCGACAGACGUCGUCGGCGCAACCGUGACGACCCUUGUGGAGCUCUUUCAGCACGGCCAGUUUGCGUCCAAGCUGGAGGCGCUGGGGGCCCCAGGUACGGCCGUGCUGUGUGCAUUCUUGAAAUUGCUGCGCAUUUUGGUCGAGGAAUACUCGCCUACGCUCGCGGGGCUCUUGCACAGCAUCUUGGAUUUGUGCUUUAACACGCUCCACGAGGUGAUUUUUGCGCACCAGCACUACGAUACUGUCGUCCCGUUCUUCAUUGCGUUGAUGGAAGAGAUCUUGGAGAAUCACUACCGCUACUUUGUGACGACCCAAACCACGUUUGAUGCCAGUGGCCAGCGCCAAAAAGUAUUUACCAGUGACGCGGCGGGGCAGUACUUUAUGAUGAUUUUGCAGGCCAUAGGAACGAUUUUGCAGCAAGAGUCGAUCCCACCGCCGCUGUGCAAGCAGAUCGUGGUGGCGUUGGAGCGUCUGCAGUCGUCGCACAAUAUUUUUCACUUUGUGGCGUUCAAAAGCCAAGUGCGAAUGGCUUAUCUGCACACACUUCUGACGCUGCUCACCCGCGGCCGCGUGGGGCUGCUGCAAGAAGAGCUGGGUCUGCUGCUGUACCAUAUCGCAGACGUGGACAUGCCGUCGUUCUUUCACGAGUGUCUGCCGCAGUUUGUGGGGGACGGCGGCGCCGACUCGCUGCAGUGCUGGACCGGACAAGUGGAUGAGCCGACGUUCGUCAAGGAGCUGGGGCAUUUUCUCAUCGAUUUUCGAGUCGGCCACGCCCGGCAGUAG